CUUCAGAUGUGGCGAAACAAGAUAUUCCUUUCUGGCAUGGGGAUCUGACAUACCACACUGCUUCACUUUGAAUUUGGACAGUAUGCUGUAACACAAGAUAUGAUAUGACUUCAACCAACAAUAGGAUCAACUGCAAUUAAAGAUACAACAACUUCAGGCGCAACUACAAGUGGAAUUCCUCUAUCACACAAUGAAGAAAUCAGCGUGCGUGUCUGACCUCAGGAUUGCGAUAUUUGGAAAAAAUCCAAAUGAAAAGACAACACUGAGUAACUUCAUCACUGCAAAAAGAGAUGGUUCUCUCCCAAGAACCCCAAAGCAAUGUGUACAUGCCGAGGGAGAGUGGAGGAAAAAACCUUUCACAAUUCUGAAAACUGCAGACGUCUUCAGUCUGCCACUGGAGAAAGUUAGACAUGAGAUAAAGAAGUGUGUGUUUAAUUGCUCCCCUGGACCAAAUGUUCUGCUACUGUUAGUGAACCCUUCUGAUUUUACUGAGCAGGAUAGGCAACAAAUCAAGUUCUUCAUGAACUUCUUUGGACCAGAUGCUUUUAAAUACGCAAUGGUCAUCAUAACACAAAAUGAUGGGCUAGGGAAUCCUUCAGUUAAUCAACUCAUCCAAGACUGUGAACAAAGGCAACAUAUAAUGGACUUUGAUGAAGAUGAUUUUCCUGAGUAUGAUCACCAAGAACUGAUGGAGAAAAUGGAGAACAUAGUGGAUGAAAACAGGGGACAAUUUUUAACCUACACUGAAGACACAGGUCCCAUGGGAGCACCUGAAUGCACGAAACCACCUCUAAACCUGGUUUUGUGUGGGAGACAUGGAGGCUGGAAGGCUUCAGCAUCCAAUGCUCUUCUGGGAGAAAGAAAGUUUGGUCCACAUGUUGAAUCAUCAGAGUGUGUUAAAAGGCAGGUUACCCUGGUGGAGCUGCCUGCCUUGUCUGGAAAACCUCAGGAGGCAAGAAAGAAAGAAGCAUUGGAGAGCAUCUCCCUCUGUGAUCCUGAGGGCAUCCAUUGCAACAGUAAGAACAAGCAGUCAGUGUCUGAGGUUUUACUUCGUUUAGAAAAUAUGAGAGUUGUUGGAUCCAGAAAAGGGAUGCUUCCUAAGCUUGUAAGAAGUGCAACAAAUGCGGAGCAAUAUAAAGGUCCCAGAAACUUUCAAAGGAUGACUCCGAAUAGAGCAUCUGUUGCAUUAGGGACACGUAGAGAAUCUCUCAAGCAGGUUCAGGAGAAACAGCCUCCCAAGCCUCCAAUUGUGCCGCAUAGACACAGGACUCGUACAGACUGUCUCAGGAUGAUGCUGAUUGGGAAAACUGGUUGUGGAAAAAGUGCCACUGGGAACACUAUUUUGGGCAAAGAAUGCUUUACUUCCAAAGUUUGUCUAAAGUCAGUAACCAAGCUUUGCCAAAAAGAAACAGGAGAGAUUGACGGGCGGCCUGUCGCUGUGGUCGACACCCCCGGUUUGUUCGACACAGCUCUGUCCAACGACCAAGUUCAACAGGAGCUUGGGAAAUGCAUCAGCAUGUUGGCUCCUGGACCUCAUGUGUUCUUACUGGUACUCCGGAUUUGUCGGUUAACACAGGAGGAAAAGGACACUGUGAAACUGAUCAGGGAGUUUUUUGGCAAGAAGUCAGAAUAUUUCAUCAUUGUUUUAUUCACGAGAGGCGAUGAGCUUAAAGACCAAACAAUUGAAAGUUACAUAGAAGAAGGUCAGGAGGACUCCUUAAUGAAACUGAUAACUGAAUGUGGAGGAAGAUACCAUGUCUUCAAUAACAACGAUCCGAAAAAUCGCACUCAGGUCAGCCAACUCCUGACUAAAGUUGAGACAAUGAUAAAGAACAAUGGGGAUGGAUACUACACCUCAGAUUUGUUCCAAGGAGCUGAGGGCGCCAUACGAAAGGAAAUGGAGAAGAUCAUGGAAGAGAAGGAAGCAGAGAUACAGAGGGAGCAGACGGACCUGAAAAGAAAACAUCGAGAUGAAAUAAAAGAGAAGGAAAGAAAAAUGGCAGAGGUAACAUCUCAACUGGAUCAAGAAAGAGAGAGAGCCAAAGAAAAGGAGAAAUACAUAGAGAAGAUGGAGCAGGAAGAAGGCAAGAGAGAAAUAGAAAGAGACAAGAGAGCAGAGGAGGAACGGAAGAAGAAAGUGCAGGAGGAAAUCCAAAGACGCGAAUGGGAACAAAAACUCGAAGGUCUGGAAGAAAAACUGUAUUAUCUAUCAGAAAACAGUUCUGUGUCUGACUUAAUGCCAGUAAUACAGGAUAGAAAAAACAUGAGACAAGAACGAGAGGCCUGGGAGAAGGAAAGAAGGGAAUCGUGGCAAACACAGUAUCAGGAAGAAAAGCAGAGGCAAGAGGAGCAAAGAGGCUGGGAAAAGCUAAGGCAAGAACAGGAGCAGGAAAUCCAAAUGAUGAAAAAGAAAAGGAAAGAAGAGAAAAUGAUCAGAAGGGAAUAUGAAGAAAGAGAGUGUAAAGAAUUAGACAAACUGCAUGAGAAAAAUAUGGGAGGAAUAAGAAAGCAAAAAGAAGAGGAGGCCAGAAAGCAAGCUGAAGAGUGCAACGAAUUCAGAAACAUGUUUAUUAACGAUGUUUCAUUAGAUAUGAACAGGUCCGAAAAGGAAAGGGAGGAUCUGAGGAAGUUGCAAAGAAACAAAACUGACUUGAUGAUAAAACAGCUGAGCAAAAACAGAACGUUCCAAAGAGACAUAGAGAAACUGAAGAAGAGACAGGAAGAAGACAUGAUCGACUUGAAGAAGACGCAUUUCCUUUACAGCAGAGAACAUCUGAACGAAGAAGUCAGUGACCUGGCGAAAAGACACGAGCGGGAAAUAGAUGACUGGAUACAGGAACAUUUGAAGAAAGCAAUUGAGAACAAGGCUUGUAACAUUUUAUGAGAUGUCACACCAACACAGCUGCAAAACUGUCAUGUUUUGUUUUUAUUUCAUACUGAACCAGUACAUAUACAUAAAUGUUCUUCAGAUGCCAUUACCUUGAUUUAAGGGGCCCUAUUUAGCUUAUUUGGGUUUUUCUUAUCCUUUGGUGUGUUAUAUAGGUUUAUGUGCAUGUAAAUGAUCUGCAAAGGCUCAAGUCCCAGAGUUUCGUUUCUCUCCGACACACUCCCCCCCCCCCCUGCCUGAAAUGUCUCCAUUGGACUCCUUUGUUUACUUCCUUAACAUAGUGACACUUUUAUUGCCUAGCGCUCCAACACAUUGUACGUGAUGGGCUAGGGAGCGGUACAUCUCUAAGCCGUUGACCAAUCACAACAGAGCCGGCCAGCCAGCCAAUCAGAGCAGACUGGGCUAUUAUGUUUCUGUUAACACUUGACAACUUUAGUGGCCCUUUCACAUAGUUUCUUUAACUUUGACGAUACACUUUAUGUGUUCUUAAGCUGUUAAGAGUGAAUGUAUAGCUGUCAGUUGUCUUUCAAUCAGAAGGUUGAGGGUUCAAUCCUAGUUUUACGGUGGCAGACAGGUGUUUGGAGAUUUUUAUUUGCAGCAUUUUGUUUUCGCAUGUUUUGUAAAGUGGGUGAAGAAGUUUCUUCAUUUGCAUGUGCUUUGGCACAUUUGAAUUGACAUUGCUUUUGAAAGUGCAGCGUGUUGCUCUUUAAGGAAAUGUUUUGGGCCAUUUUAACAUGUUUGCACCUGUCGGCCACCAUAAAGCUUGAGAUAUAAAUGCAGUCUUCUAUUUACCAUUUAAAGAACAGUGUCUAGACAGUCUAUCUUGUCCGUUAAAAUAUAUAUUUUUGCACAAGCAAAACCAAUAUGUUUUUUUUGUGUGUGGAGUAAACCUCAAAGCUAACACUGUAAAAAGUUUUUUUUAUUUUUGAUCAAUUUUAUUUGUGUUCCAUGAUUACUGAAGGUUAACACUGUAAAUAUUUUCAAAUAUUAGGAAGUUUCAUGCCAUAAUCAGUCAUUUUGAAUGUGAGUCAUUUGCACAGUCUCUAAAUAUACUAUGUUUUUUCUUGUUAGUACACUUCACAAGAUGAUGUAUACAAUUGACCACUUGUUCUACUGUAACAAUGUCGGAGGCUGUACAAACUACAAUGUGUUGUUUGGAUUUUGCAUGUGUACAAUUAUUUUCAGAUUUACUUUUAAAACUAUAUUUAACAAAUAUUUCUUAUUACACAUAGAGGGCAGGAAAAGUUACUCCCGUGUUAUAAAUAAUUGUGUCAACCGCAGUUUGUUCUGAACAUCAUCCCUGCUGCCACUGAAGAGAGUCAGAUUUCAUCAUAAAGUGUCAUUGUCUUUAAAUGUCGGCUAAACAUCUGAUCAUCUUUGAAAACGUUUUUCCUUUUUGUAUGUUUACAGUCAGCCCUGAGCAGUGCUGUGCUAUGUUAUCUGUUGUUAUAAUUAGGGCUGGCUCAUGCUGGCCUUGAAAAUCCUUCUGGGUCAUAUUUGUUAUUGUAUUUUUAUUUUGUAUUUUGUAUUUACUUAAUUUUAUUUGUGUUUUACAAUAACAUUAACAUUUAGUCAAAUAGAUAGUCUAUCUUGGAAUUGUAUUAUAUAUUUGUACAGCUUCAUUCAUGUUAGUUGAUCUGUACAAAGUGUAAAGCCCCCUGAGACAAAUGUGUUUUGAGAUAUUGGGCUAUAUAAAUAUGUUUUAUUUUAUUUUAUUUGCUACACCCAUAGACUGCAUAUAUAAAGGGUAACAACAACCUUCUGAGUUGUGGUUUCAACACUUGUUCUUUUAAAUUAAAUACCAGUCCGUAACAACGA